CGCGGCGCGGCCCGGGGCCCAGGGUCUCCGGGCCGCUACCGCAGCUCCGGGCCGCACAAUGCGCCACCCCGCCCGACUGGGUUGCCCCGGGCAACCGCGGCCAACGUGGCGGCGGUGGCUUCCGGGGGGGCGGCGAGGCGACCUCCAGGCCCGCCCGACCUGCCCAGGGGAACGCCGCCGCCGCCAGACCCCCCGCGCCCGGGACCCACGGUGAGCCAGGCGGCCGUCCCCGGCCCCGGGCUCGGGCCCUUCCCCCGCGCUCGGGGCUCUCCGCACCGCGCCCCGAGAGAGCGGGCGGGGGUCAGGGGUCUUGGGGGAAAGCCGCUCCCUCCCCGGCCCUCCUGGGUCGAAGAGAAAGUUUGGGGACGGCCCCGUCCAGCAUCGGAGCCGGGGUCCAGGCUGCAUCUGCAGGGGGGCCAGGGUAGGGGACAAGGUGUGUCCUUGACAGAAAUCUUCGUGGCUCCUUGUCGACCAAAAUCAGCAAAGUGGGAAAACUGCAGCUGCGCCCAAAGAGGAAAAAGAGCCAAGAAAGGCAGAAAUGAUGAAUUAUUAAUUACAGCCAAAAUGGAUCAGAAUUAUGUUGAAAAGAGACUUUCGUCAGUUUCACCUGAUGAAGAAAGAAGAGAAGAAAAUAAAACAAACCAAGAAAUUUCUCGAGAAUCAACUCCUUCCCCAAAAUUGGACAGAUUCAAACUAGCAAGACACUUAACUGAAAAAGCAAUCAAGUUAGGACAUAGGCUUUUGAUGAAAUAUGAGAACAUAAGAACUCCUUGUCUUGAUUCUGCAAUCUUGGCAGCAGCCCAAGGUCCCCUACAUCUGCUGCUACCCUGGGAACAGGAGCCAGAGACCCUUUGUAGGAGAACUCAGGAUAGCCUCUCCCUUUGGUGAUCUUUGGCAAACUAACUACAGAGCUAGAAUGAUUUUCCUCCAACUGCUGGAUUUUCCCUGGGUUUGACAUGACCAAAUUUUUCUGGAUGAGGUAUUUGAAGACCUGGCUGACUUUUGAUUCACGAGGACAAGAAGAUAUUUUCCAUCUAUGGACACUACCCGGUAAUCCGCAAUACUCUACGAAGGAAAGGAUGGGUUGAGAAGAAAUUCAACUUUUUAUCAAAGAUGGUGCCAAAUGGUGAAGAUGAAUGUGAAGAAAACAAAUAUGUUGAAAUUGAAGAAGAUAAUGAGAUGAUUUUUCAGAAGUCAAAUAACAUCCAUGAUGUGAUGUCUAGGUUGGUAAAAACAGAAAUUCCUUACUUUCUUUGGACUAUAAAGAGGGAUGUGGUUGAUUACCACAAUUUGAGUUGUGAUCAGAUGUUGAAUCACUAUGGAAAAACAGCUUCCUUUACCACCAAGAUUGGAUUGUGCAUGAACAUGCGGAAUCUGCCAUGGUAUGUCCCAGCUAAUCCUCAUUCCUUCUUCCCCCGUUGUUACGGUCUCUGCUCUGACGGUGAGAAACAGGAGUUCUUGGAUGAUUUCAGGAGAACAGCUGCAUCUAGUAUCCUGAAGUGGGUUGUCAGUCACCACAAUUAUAGCAAGAGCAAAUCCAGGGUCAAAAAAGAAGAGAAUGAUGAAGAGAUGAGUCGAAAUAAAGAUCAAGUUAGUGCUGAGGAAAAGAAACUCAUUGACCUCCCAGGGGAACUCAUAGAGGUGGCUUGUAAAGUGUGUGAGAACUACCUUGGGCAAUUGGAACAUGAUGACAUCGACAUCUCGGCGGAGUCCCUGAAAACCCUUUCUGAAGGCCAGUGGAAGGAGCUGAUCCAGCAGUACUACAAUCUCAUCCAUGGCAAUGCUUGUAUUUCCAGUUCAAAGAACUACUUUUCUCAGUGUCAGAGUAUUCUGAAUAAAAUCAUGUCAGCAAACCCUCAGUCUGAAAUCGAUGGCAUGAGAAACAUCUGGAUCUUAAAGCCGGGCGCCAAAUCUCGAGGCAGAGACAUCAUAUGUAUGGACAGAGUGGAAGAAAUUAUGAAGCUCGUGACAUCGGAUAACAUUCCUUCCAAGGAUAAUAAAUGGGUGGUCCAAAAGUACAUUGAGACACCCCUGCUGAUUUAUGACACCAAGUUUGAUAUUAGACAAUGGUUCCUUGUCACCGAUUGGAAUCCCCUGACCAUUUGGUUCUACAAAGAAAGUUACUUGAGGUUUUCAACUCAACGUUUUUCCUUAGACAGUUUGGACAGCGCUAUUCAUCUUUGUAAUAACUCCAUCCAGAAGCACUUUAAGAAUGCCAAGGACCGUAGUCCUUUGCUCCCCUGCUACAACAUGUGGACCAGCACCAAGUUCCAGGAGUAUUUGCAGAAGCGGGGCCGUGGCCACGUCUGGCACAACAUCAUCUACCCGUCCAUGAAGAAGGCCAUCACCCACACCAUGAAGGUGGCCCAGGACCAUGUGGAAGCCCGCAAAAACAGCUUUGAGCUCUAUGGAGCCGACUUCAUCCUUGGCAAGGAUUUCAAGCCAUGGCUUAUCGAGAUUAACUCCAGCCCCACCAUGUUCCCAUCCACGCCAGUCACAGCACAGCUUUGUGCCCAAGUACAAGAGGAUACCAUCAAGGUCGUCGUGGACAGAAAAACCGACCGGAACUGUGACAUUGGCAACUUUGAACUGCUAUGGAAACAACCUGCUGUUGAGCUGCCCCCAUUCAAUGGCUCCAACCUCUUUGUUGAGGGCUUCAGCAUCCAGAAAGGAAGAAGACACAUGACUCCCAUUGCCAACAUCAGCCUCGGGAGCCCCCUGCCAGCAGGGCACAUGCUGCGCAGCAGAUGCUUCAGCACCCAGCACACAUCAUCUGAGCAGACGCCAUCUCCCAAGCAGGACGCGAAAUCAAGGGAAGACAAGGGACAUCCCUGCAUCUUACCGAUGCCUAUGAAGAGAGGGUCAGGGAGAGCAUACAAGAUCAACUCAGUCUACACGAAGGCCCUCGGCAAUAUGGAAUUUCCUUCUUUUGCAAUUCGGCACCUAGAAAAUAUUUCCCAUAAAUCUGUGUUUCCCAGAGCCAAGACCACAAAGCUUGAAGAGCCAAAUAUGUUAAGUACGGCCUCCAUUGCUUCUGUGCUGCAGAGCAUCCGGUCCUUGGAGAACCCUGUGUUCCAGCCCCCCAAAGGCUCAGGUUCUGAGCAUCGCCAGACCUUGCUGAAAUUGUCCCCCCAGUCCUGCAGGAAGCCGGCGACCCCAGUGAGUGAGCACCCACGCAUGUGUCUGCCUGAAUCAGUCACCCACCGGCCCUCGGUGAUGAUGGAGGUGAAGCAACUGACGCCCAGGUUGGGGAACAGAUUUUCUGGGACUGGAAGCCAGAACGCUCUUCAAUGGCCCAGAAGAGGGCGACGCUGACUCGCAAACAGCCCCUGGGGGCCGGGGUGUAUACAGUCAUCCCAAGAUCUUAGGACCAUAGACCUUAGAGUCCAACCCUCUUGUGUCCAGAGCCAUAAAGCAAAUUGUAAGCUCUUUGAGGGCAGGAGCUCCAUUUUUCAUGUUUAAUCUUCCAGGA